CCGGAGAGAGAGAGAUAGAGAGAGAGAGAGAGAAAGAGAGAGAAAGAGACAGCGGGAGGGGGAACCUCGUGAACCGGCUUUGUGGUUUUCAUCCAUCCUCACGCCGUUUUUUAAUUACACCUAUCAACUCCACUACAACGGAUGAUGCUCGCUUCUGAACACUGAUUUCAACCAUAUUUAUUCACCAAACCGAUCAUAUGAACAUAGAAGAAUACAUUGAAGAAGAUGAGGAACCACCUUUGCUGCUCAGCUCUUGUCCUUCUCACGGUGUUUGGCUGUGGUGGGACUGCAGCAGUGCAGUGUCGGUGGGGGGAAGGGUGCGUGUGUCUGCAGUGCCCUGCAGGCGAGGAGCCCUCCAAGGCUUGUGGACAGAUCCAAAGUCGAACAGAGGAAGUGCGAUGCCAAAUGUGCUCAACUGGAAGCUUUUCAGAUGCAUUCGACUCUGAACUUUGCCGUCCACAUGCCUCCUGCAAGAUCCUCCGCCGAAAUGUUGCAACCCCUGGCACUGCGACCUCAGAUGCCAUCUGUGGGGACUGUCUGCCUGGGUUUCAGUCCACUGCCACAGGGGAAGUUUCCACCCAGAGUUCCUGUGUGAAAAACGCUUUGCAUGUCAGAACAGUUCGCACAGUGGGUAAAGGUCCCUCCGCUGGUGCUGGAGGACCGAUUAACGGCACGGUGGUUCGCAGCGCUGAGGAGAAGACAGCAGAGUAUGCUGUUUUUGCUUUGGUGCCCAUCUUCUGUGUGAUGGGCCUGUUGGGUAUCCUCAUCUGCAACAUCCUGAAGAAGAAGGGAUACCGCUGCACGGCUGAGAAGGAGGGAGGGGAUGAAGAGACCCCCACACCCCAGAAAGAAGGUAACAAUUGUCCCUACAUAUCUGAUGACCUGAAUGAAGACACCAUCAGUGUGCUGGUUCGCCUCAUCACGGAAAAGAAAGAAAAUGCUGCUGCACUGGAGGAACUGUUGCUGGAGUACGAGAGCAAACAGAUGGCCAUGAGCAAAAGCUCCUCAAUCAAGUUCCCAAUGCUGUCUCCCCUCUCGCCGUUCCGCUCCCUCCCCAGGCUCUGCCCCCAUCAGUCCCACCUCCACACCAUCUCUGGCCUGUCUGGCCUGGCCCCCAAACAUGGCUACCGCUGCUCCCGUUGCGCUCAGAGAAAAUGGCCCCCCGUUCUCAUACCUCCUCUGGAUUCCCUCAAGGAUCCCCUGAAGCCCCCUCAGACCCUCAUCCUGACCUCCCUGGACACAUCCACCGACCAGCAGAAGAGCCCCCUGCUGGGGGGAGUGUGUGUCGACACCCUUACACCAGCUGUUGUGCCAAAUACUGUACAGGAAAAAGUAGAAAGGAAUGAAGUGAGGGAGAAGAAGGAGGGAGAGCUGACAGUGUUGUCUGUGGGGAGAUUUCAAGUUGCUCAAAUUCCCGAGCAGAAGCCUGUCUCCAUGGAAACCAAGACAUCAUCCCAGGAGCAGAGGAACUCCCUGUUUGGUGGGAAACACUUCUCUUCAUCAUCAGGCAUCAGGAGGUGAAGAGACAGAGAGACGCUGUACGAUAAUGCUACCUCACUGAAGAUGACCUCAUCAUCCGCUGACGACUUCACAGCAGGGAAGGUAUCUUUACGCAGCUGACUCCAGGAGACCACAAGAACCACUUCCUGCUGAACGAAGUCAUAUCUAGUUAUGCAAUAAGAGGAACAUAACUGUAUUUAUUAUUAUGUAAAGAAAUAUUGUACUUUACAGAUGUAACAGAUGUACCAUCAUAAGAGUUCAACUCGAGCUGCUUCACUGUCCCAAAACAGUGUUGAAAAGCUUGUUGGAUACACACAGGGACAGAGUGGAAAGAUUUCUUCUGUAGCUUUGAAAUGACCAAUUAUCAUUAACUGACAGUAGAAAGAAGAAUGAGAGGCAGAAAUCAAAGAUAGGAAGUUUGGAUAAAAAACAAACUCUUAACCCCUGCUAUUGCGCUUCCAUGUAAAACCAAAAACCAAAAAAAAACAGACACAGGGGUAAAACACAUGUGACAUAUUCCACAUGUAGACAGACACAUCUACAUGAACUCACUCUGACACUGUGCAUUACAUAACUGAUAUAAGACACAAAACUCAAACGGCAACUGUCAUUCUUACAAUAAGUGUGUGAGUUAAGAAGAAAACAUCGAAGCAAGCUGUCUGCAGCCAAGUGCCGUAUGAACUAAGAGUAUGCCUUUCAUUACCAACAGACCCGAUCUGAUAAAAACCUAAAUGAUUUUGGGUCAUAUGACACUUGAUUAAAGACUACAGUAGCACUACAGAAAGUAUUAUGAAGAAAAAAUGUUCUAAAAUUCAAUAUAAUUGUUGCAUUUUCAAUGACACUGCAGCCCAAUGACAGUUAUAGGGUGACAACUGUCGUUUGGGUCCUGGGGUGAAAAAGUAGACAUGUAGGUAAAUCUCAGUUUUGUAGAAUAGAACAUGUAAAUUAAUGUACAUAUGUAAAUAUGGGUGGGUAUAGAGAAACAGACCAUACCUGGCUUUUAUAAUUUUACAUUACAGUAUGUAUGAGGUGAUAUAUUAGAUCUCCUGUAAUGGCAGCACUGCACCAGUGAGUGACAUUUUGUAAUCCGUCAAUCAAACACGAGCAAACUCCUCACACACCAUCAUGUAUAUUUACUGAAUUGCUGGUUAAGAUCAACAUGAAGUAUCUGAUUUCUCACCAUUUGGGUGCAACAUUUUAGUGAAACUGUUACGGUUUUCUACUCUAAUCAUGAACUUUUAAAACCUACACACACACACACACACACACACACACAGACACACAGACAGACACAGACAAAAUACACCUAGCCACACUUCAGUCGUGCAAUCUCAAAGUGUAAGAAACCACACACACACACACACACACACACACAACACACACACACACACACACACACAUUUAUUCUAUGUAGUUUCAUUUAAUAAGCCGACCAGUGGCUGCAAAGGAUUGGUGGUUGAGAUGCCUCAAAGUCGUGCAGCUCACUUGGCUUUAGUUUACAUCCUCAUGGGGUUUGAAGAGUGUACUAUAAUCAUAGAGGUUUUUUAGCUACUCAUUUUCAUAUUUUCUCAUUAUGUUGUUACAAGCAAUAUGGCAACAUGUCUGGAGGACUGGAUAUUUAUUGGCUGAAGUUACAAUUACAUGUUUUUAUUUGAGCUUUUUCUUAUUACUAUUCUUACUCCUAUUAGGAUUAUUAUUAAAUGUUUUCAAGCUGAAGUGUUGCUUGUAGGUAAGAAGGAUAAAAAAUCAUUCAUUUCAUGACCUUUGUAGAUUGCAUUUAUAUAAUAUAAAAUUUUUCUGUAUGAUGUUUUUACUCUUGAAAUAAAGAAGGGAUGUAU